AUGGACUUUGACAUUGGGAUGUCUGUUUUGGAUACUCUCCAAAACCAAGUUGGGACUGCCAAGGAGCAUAAAAAUAUGAUUGUCAAGGAUAUUACAGGAAAGAUGAUUCGCAUUGUCAGAAAUGUGUUUGAAAAAAGAGAGAGGAUUGUGCUGGAUUCUCCACAUGGUCAGAGUCUCAAAGGAGCACCUCAAGUGGACAAAGAAACUCAGAACUGGCCUAUUGCAGAAGAACUUAAUGUGAUCAAUGGCACCAUUGUUGAAGUUCACUUUGGCAUUUUUCACUGGCACAUUAGUGACUUUGACAGUUUCCAGGCCAAUAUUGAGAAAAUCAUCAUCUUGAAGCUGGGUUAUGGACAUCACACCUCUAACUACAAACAUCCACACCCCAGUGAUGCAGUUCUGAACCAGAGAAGAAAAAAUCAUGUCAUGAAGAAAAUGAGGAUUCUUCUGGGUCUCAACCCUUCAAACCCUUCAAGCCCUUCAAGCCCACAUCCUCCUCUCCCUACUAUUCAUGGCUCCUCCCUGGCAUUUCAUGGCUCCUUCCUGACCCUCCCUGGUCCUCUUCCCUGGUCCUUCAUGACUCUUCCUUGGCCUUACCUAGACCCUUUCUGGCCUUUCCUGGCUCCUUCCUGGCCUUCCUCCCUAGCCCUUCAUGGUUCCUCCCUGGCCCUUCUCCUUCCUGGCCUUCUCUGGUCCAUCAGGAAAUCGCUGAGGCAACAGUUUUUGUAG